CACCCCCAUCCUCUCUCUCAUCACCCCAUUCUCUCUCUAAAAAACUCGGGUCACCCUUUUUCGGAUCCGGGUUUUGCUUCAAGAUUUAUUCAAAACCCUUCGAUUCAAUUCCCCCCUCUUCAAAUUCAAACAACAAUUAUCCACUAAUCCCUUCUUGAAUCCCCUCAAUUCCCGUUUUCAAUUCACCGAAUCACUGCAUAUACACUGAUGUUGGAGUGAAGUGAUAUGAAGUUGCUAAUAUGAAUGAUGGAGGAGGUGGAGAGAGUUUGAAAGAUACCGAGCCGUGUUUGAAGAAGCGACGAAAGAAUGACGAAUUCGCCCAGGCGAUUGCGCGGAUUGCGGUGGCACAAGUGUGUGAGAGUGUAGGGUUUCAAGGGUUUCAGCAGUCUGCACUUGAUACAUUCUCUGAUGUUGCUUGCAAGUAUGUUAGAGAGAUAGGUAAGGUGUCGAGUUUUUACGCGGAUUUAGCGGGUAGAACGGAAUGUAACGUGUUCGAUGUGGUUCAAGGGUUGGAGGAUUUGAAUUUGUCACAGGGGUUUGUAGGAGCUUCCGAUAGAGAUAGUUGUUUGGUGGGGUCGGGGAUUGUUAAAGAUCUUUCGCAGUUUGUUAACUUGUCGGAAGAAAUAGGGUUUGCGUACUCGGUUCCUUCGUUUCCAGUAGUUAAAGAGCGUAAAUUAACGCCAAGUUUUUUGCAAGCCGGAGAGACGCCACCGACGGACGUUAUCCCCCCUUGGCUACCCGUGUGUAUCAAUCCCAAAACGGAUACUAGCGUACCUUUACCCAAUGCAGAAGAAACACCAACGACAAUCGAUGGAAAUGAGCAAGAACAGAAGGUUCUAGACCCACCACCGUCAAAAUUAGAGCAGCUUCGGGCACGUAAUGAGUCUGUAUUUCCAUCGGUUGUUGAACAAGGGAUUAACCCUUUUCUAUCUGCACCGUUGCAGCCCGGGGAGAAGGAGAUUUCUGUAAUUUCACUUCCCGCUAAACUUAAGGAAGACGACAUGGUGCAAAAUCAUAGUAACCAUGUUUCGGAACCGGAUCAAUCUGCUCCAACGAAUCAGGCGGUUAAGAAUGGUGGUUGUGAUACCGAGGAAGGUGGCGGAAUUGUUGUUUCGAAAAACAGGCCUACGGUGCAGAUGAGAUUUCAGAUCGGCAAAAAGUCGUUGAGUACUGUGAUUCGACCGAAUGAAAAGGGAAAAGAAAAGGUUGCGGCUUGGUUUUUAAACGAUGAGGUGAGGAAUGAGAAUGAGAAUGAGAAUGAAAAGAAAACGGGAGAAGUUCCGAAGGUGGCGAUGGAUAUUGAAGAGCAUACCGCAAAUGAUUCAGUUGUAAAUUAGGAAAGCUAGAUUAGAGUUUGUAUACUAGUUUGGAAUGUUAGCAGCGCGUGCUAGUUCUGAAGUAGUCAAAGUCAGGGACGCGUAUCGUCUAGAGAGGAAUGUUUCCAAAUUAACAUGUUUUCUUAAGGUAUGUUUGUAGUUUCCAUAAUGACCUUUUAAUCAAUGAUGAUUCUUUUCAAUUGAAAUUCUUUACUUUUCA